AUGGACGGAUCCCACACCGCCGGUCUCGGCCCCGAGUGCCAGAGGCUGCAAUCCGGCUUGCCACCGGCCGGCGCAGCGGUCCGCGCCUUCAUCUCGGCCCAUCCCGAAACCCAGGUCCGGCUCUCCCCGCUGGCCGAGGAGCUGCUCUGCCUGCCCGACGUCGUCGCCGCCCUCUUGCGCAGCGCCGCGGGUUGCGAAGGCGAGGACCGCUUUCUGCUAGAGGCGCGACAGGUGCCGGGCGUCUGCGCCGACAUCGUCCGUCAGGUCGAGGGCGCGUUUCCGGAGGGCGGCGGCAGCAGCCGAUGGUCCCUGCGGAGAGACGACGCGUGGAGGAGCGCCGCCGAGAGGGCGUCCGCGCUGGGUACGUGCCUCGCCACGGGCAGAAGGAUCAUGAGCCUGGCCGUCGAUGCUCUUGACCUGUCCAAGAGCCUCCGCAGGGCCGAGGAGGCGGGCGAGUCCCCUCCCUAUGCCACCAACGUCAUCUUGCAGGAGAUCACCUCUAUCAAAGAAACCCUCAGUCGGCAAUCUUCACAGGACCAGGCCGCGUCGCUGCGCAAACUCGCCGCGUUCCUCGAGUAUCUCAAGUCCUACAUCCACAGCCACUCGACCACCGUCCCGGCGUCGGACAUGGCGAGACUGACCGUCACCGCCAGCAACGCCCGCACAUCGAUGUAUUCCCUGCCCGACGACCCCUCGCCGAGUCCGAGCAUCGAACCGUACCCGGCCCCGGCCCUCCUCCCGGCGGCCUCAUCCCCCGUCACCUUCCGCCACAUCCGAAAGGUCGUCAUGCAAUUCGAGAAGGAGCCCGUCGGCAUCAAGUUCACCUCGCCCAGCGACCCGACCUCCUUCGCCGUGUCCAGCUUCUUCAACGACAUUAGCCUCUUCGACGCCGACACCGGCGACCGCAGGCGGUCGAUCAAGGUCAAGGGGGCGUACAUGGUCUUCUCGCCGGUGGGGGACCUGGUCGCCGUCACGACCGAGCACGUCGAGGACGGCCUGCACCAGCUCAACCCGCAGCCGAUCCUCACGUCGCACGACAUGGUGCACUUCCGCCAGGCGGCACUGCACGUAAUCGACUGGGCCAACGACAACAGCCCGAACGCGCGGCGCUUCAUGCUGCACUGGCACGGCAUCCGCCCGUACGCCUUCAGCCCGGACGGCCGGCUCCUCGCCAUCCGCGGCGUGCGGGACCGCGUCGAGGUCGUCACGAGCGCCAAGGGCCAGGGCUACAGCGUCCUGCGCGGCCACACGGACGAGGUGACGCACGCCGAGUUCACGGCGGACGCCGCCCGGCUCGUGACCAUGUCGCGCGACGGCACCCUGCGCGUGUCGAGCGUCGAGACCGGGCGCAACGUCGCCAAGAUCGAGAUGGAGCACUGGCGGAACCCGCUGAUGCUGGGCGUGUCGCCGACGGGCGUCGUCGCCUCCAUCUGGGGCCGGACGGUGACGAUCUGGGACUACGAGACGGGCGCCGUGAGCAGCUACAACCUCGAGACGGCGAAGGGGAGCGAGGGUAUCCCGCUGGCCGUCUCGUCCGACCUGCGGUGGGCCGCGUAUCGCUCGGAUGAAGGGGCGGACGUCACUGACUUGGCCUCGGGCAAGGUGGUGUACUCGGCGAGGUUGGAGUCCGGGUUCGCCGUCUCGGCGGCCUUCUCAGCCGGUGGGCGGUAUCUCGUUGUCGGACGAUGCCUGAACGGGCACCACGCCCGGUCCGACUCGGGUAUUCUCAAUAUGUGGGAGAUUCAAACAUAG